UGGGCGCGGUGGGGGGGCGCGGCGGGGGGGCGCGGCCGCUCUUCUGCCUCUCCCGCGGCCAUCGGCGACUGCAGGCAGGGGAAGCGACAGGUGACGAAGCUUCUGGAAAAAAAGACCAAAGGCCUCGAGGCUCCCUGUUUCCCUUCGGUCGCCGUGGGUGUGCCGGACGCCUCUGGCAGGACUAACCCUGUGGCUUUUAUGUCCAGCGUGCUGUGCUGUGUGUGCCUGCAGACUGAAUGCACUCCCUUUAUUCACCUGUUCAGAGAGUAUCGGCCAGAAUACGAGCGCCUGAGAAAAACACUGGUGACGAAGCUUCUGGAAAAAAAGACCAAAGGCCUCGAGGCUCCCUGUUUCCCUUCGGUCGCCGUGGGUGUGCCGGACGCCUCUGGCAGGACUAACCCUGUGGCUUUUAUGUCCAGCGUGCUGUGCUGUGUGUGCCUGCAGACUGAAUGCACUCCCUUUAUUCACCUGUUCAGAGAGUAUCGUCCAGAAUACGAGCGCCUGAGAAAAACACUGGUGACGAAGCUUCUGGAAAAAAAGACCAAAGGCCUCGAGGCUCCCUGUUUCCCUUCGGUCGCCGUGGGUGUGCCGGACGCCUCUGGCAGGACUAACCCUGUGGCUUUUAUGUCCAGCGUGCUGUGCUGUGUGUGCCUGCAGACUGAAUGCACUCCCUUUAUUCACCUGUUCAGAGAGUAUCGUCCAGAAUACGAGCGCCUGAGAAAAACACUGAAUCCACAUGUAAAUCUUUGUCUACGGGAGAAAGCUCAAAAUAAACAAAAGAGAGAGCAGCUGGAACACUUGUGGAAGGACAUGGGCAGCGUGUGUGUGCAGGGCAGCACACUGGCAGGACCUGAUGCUUCUGCAAUGGGUCCCUCUGAGCUAAUACUAACACGAGGAACUCUCGAUGAAGAGCAAGAAGAGAGGGAGAGUGACGCUGAUGGCAUUGACCAUGAAGGUAAGGGAAUGAGGUCUAAAAGCUGCCUCUCAAGAAAUCCCCUCUAUAUUUCAUGACCUGGAUGGACUGUAAGGAGAGCCUAGAAAACAAGCAAACAUUCAGUCACCUGACGUGUCAGAAUCUGUAGCAGAAGCUCAGCUGCAAUGGUCAGUGCAGGGAUAUCACUCUGUAACCUUUGUGAAAGUUCAAUUGUAAAUUUUCUAUUCAAGUAAUUAAUAGGUGUAUAACACACAUAAACCAGAGAACUCGUUAGGCUUGGGGCAUGCAGUGACCUUUGAACCUGAUUGAUGCACAGAUGUGUCCAUCAUCUUUUUGGCCUUACAGUUUCUGCCCCUGGCUCUCUUCCCUUUUCCUGUGACUGUGGUCUUGGAGCAAUCUUCUAAGUUGUUACAGUGUGAUUUUUCUCUUCUAUAUCUCACAGACUUAAUCUUCAUUCUUUCCCUGUUCCACUGAUGGGUAGGAUCACUUAUUUCCUUUGCCCUGUAAUGUAGCUGAAGAUGGAAUAGACUUUCUAUGUUGCUUUGGCUA